AUGGCUUUCGAUCAUUGUGCAUCUUUUUUGAGUACUUUAGGGGAGAGUGGAAGCUUAGCUUCAUUACAGAAAGACUUGGUCAAUUUUCUGCAAUAUAUGAAUCCUGUUUUCAAGUUGUUACAAAAGAGUGGGAAAACUUUUGUAUUAACUUUUACACUUGAUGCUUACAUUGUUACAAAAGAGUGGCAUGUUGUUGUUCGUGUUGACUACAUUCCUUCUCGUGUUGACUUACCUGCUUUAGGCCAUGGGAAAUAUGUUGAACUUGUUAAUCCAUUUCAAUGGAAGCUAUCAUGGCAACCUUCAACAGUAGUUUUGGACUGGCACCUUCUUGUAGAAGAUAUCGUGUACGUGUUCUUGUGCUGCUAUUGUGGAUUCGGGAACAUCCUUGCUUACUGGUCCAAUUGUAUGUAUCUCACGUGA